AUGGAAUCCAAGUCUCUUGUUCAUGUCUUACUUGUUUCUUUCCCAAACCAAAGCCAUAUAAGCUCUUUGCUUAGACUUGGCAAACGUCUUGCCUCUAAAGGCUUGCUUGUCACCUUCUCCACUACUGAAAACUUUGGCAAACUGAUGAGAAAGGCCAACGACAUUACAGAUGAACUGGCACCGGUUGGACAUGGCUUUAUCCGGUUUGAAUUCUUUCAAGAUGGUUGGGACCAGGAUGACCCCAGGCGCCAAAUCCCUGACCAAUACUUAGCUCAACUUGGGGUUGUGGGAAAACAAGUAAUUCCUCAAAUGGUCAAGAACAACGCAGAGCAAGGCCGACCUGUUUCUUGCCUCAUCAACAAUCCUUUCGUCCCUUGGAUUUCUGAUGUGGCUACAAGUCUCGGUCUCCCAUCUGCAAUGCUUUGGAUCCAAUCUUGCGCUUGUUUUGCCAUCUAUUACCAUUACUAUAAUGGUCUGCCGUUCCCUGAUGAGGAACAACCGGAGAUAGAAGUUGAAUUACCAAGUAUGCCUCUCUUGAAAUAUGAUGAAGUGCCUAGCUUCUUACAUCCUACAACUCGUUAUUCUUUCUUGAGGAGGGCUUUUUCAGAGCAGUACAAAAAUCUUGAGAAGCCCUUUUGCAUCUUGAUGGAUACAUUUGAAGAGCUCGAAUCAGAGAUCAUUGAGAACAUGUCCAAAAUCAGUCCAAUCAAGACUGUUGGGCCACUAUUCAGAAAUCCUAAAGCACCAGAUUCAACUAUCCGUGGCGACCUCAUGAAGACAGAUGAUUGCAUAGAAUGGCUUGACACAAAGCCACCCUCAUCAGUUGUUUACAUCUCUUUCGGCAGUUACGCACACUUGAAGCAAGACCAAUGGGAAGAGAUUGCGUAUGGAUUACUGAACUCCGGUGUUUCAUUCUUGUGGGUCAUGAAACCACCCCGUGAAGGUUCAGGCUUUGAACUACUUGUUUUGCCGGAAGGAUUCUUGGAGAAAGCAGGAGAUAAGGGCAAAGUGGUGCAAUGGAGUCCUCAAGAGAAGGUUUUAGCUCACCCAUCAAUUGCUUGUUUUAUUACACAUUGUGGGUGGAACUCUUCAAUGGAAACACUCACAGCAGGCAUCCCGGUGAUCGCUUUCCCUCAAUGGGGUGAUCAAGUCACUAAUGCUAAAUAUUUGGUCGACAUCUUUAAGGUUGGCGUGAGAAUAAGCCGCGGAGAAACAGAGAACACAGUGAUUGCUCGUGAUGAGAUACAGAAAUGCUUGUUCGAGGCCACGGUGGGACCUACGGCUGUGGAGAUUAAGCAGAAUGCAUUGAAGUGGAAGAAGGCAGCUGAGGCAGCAGUGGCUGAGGGUGGUUCCUCCGACAGUAAUAUACAAUCUUUUGUUGAUGAAGUGAAGCGAAGAAGUCUCUCCAGGUCGCUGACAAGUCCAGUAGUUCUCCAGCUGGGUUGCCAGUUCGCGGAGGUGAAAUCCAGUUAA